AUGGCAUCCAUAGACGUUAUAAAGGAGCUGCUCAACGCAGGUGAAGACCCGAAUAAGGUGAUCAAAGAUGUUCAAAAUAAUACUCAAAAAUCCUACUUAUUUUGCUGCAUUGAUGAUGACAAUCAGAAAUUAGUAUCAUUUCUUAUUGAAAAAGGUGCUGACCCAAGUUUACCGUUAUGUUCGGAGAAUGUUCCUCCGCUGCAUUACGCUAUAAUGUAUGCGAAAAAUAACGCAGUUCUUGCUUUGCUUGAAAGCGGUGCAGAUCCGAAUAUUCCGAUUGAAAAGAACGGAAAUACGCCAUUAACGACUGCAAUUAAAUGCGAUAACAACGUAGCACUGAAAUAUUUAAUUCAAUUCGAAGCAGACGUAAAUAUUCCAAACAACAGAGGUGAAACACCAUUAUUACACGCAAUUCACAAAGGAAAUAACUAUGCUGUCAACUUAUUACUCGAAAAUCACGCAGAAAUGGCUAACUCUGAGCAUUCUGCUUUGCAUUUCGCUGCAAAAGAAGGACAAGCAGAAUCAUGCUUACUUCUUAUGAAAUACGGUAUUAAACGAGAUUUACAAGAUAAUCACGAUAGAACAGCUUUAGAAUACGCUGAGAGGCUCGAAGAUCCAACAACAGAACUUCUUCUUCGAACUCCAAACUUACCACAAACAACACUCGAUGUAAAUUACGUCAGAUUCUUAAAUGAUAGUUUUGAACCAAAGAUAGAAGAAAUUCGUGACCAAAUGGCCGAAGCUCAGACCAAAUUCCCCAAACACAUGAAAUCCUUCAUUAGUACACUCAAAACUCUCGAAAGAUGUCACACCCGCUUUGUUGCCUUCUUAAAGAACAGAGCAGCCGAGCUCCAAGAGCUUGUUGACAAUCUUUCCAAGCCAACAAAGGAAAAUGUUGAUAAAGAUAUCGAUAGAUUAAGCGUACAAUUAUAUAAUUCAAUUCAGAAAGAAAUACAAAGCACUGCUCAAUGCCAAGAUGAAUUUGGCCAAGAGUUAUUCUCUCCUGCUGGUAUAGAAAGCUAUGAAAGAUGGGUUAAGCGAAAUGAAGAAAUGCAACAAUUCAUUGAAGAGCUUGUUUCAACAGGACUUGAUAAAUAUGGUCUCAAGGAUGAUGUUGCGAACAAACUUAGAAAGGCAAGACAAGAUUACGAAUAUGUUUCUUCUCUUUCUGCUGAAUUAGCUGCAAAAACAGUACCUUUCCAAGAGGAAAUUGUUGCAUUUACCACUUUUGCUGUUAGAAAGCUUAAAACCAUGGAACUUAAGAAUCCUCCAGAAGUUUACGAGAAUUUCUUCAAGCAAUUAGCAAGACAGAUUAAGGAAACAAAUCCAGAGCUCAUUAGAAGGCAAUUCCAGCGUCCUUCUCAAAAACAGUAA